AUGUUGGAAUACACCUCCUUCACCUUCAUCUCAUCACUCUUAAUCUCCACCUCCAUCCUCUUCUUCUUCCUCCUCAAAUCACGUCCGGCAACCAAAAACCCAUGUCCAGGAUCCUACCCUGUAAUCGGAAACAUCAUCAGCUUCCUCCGGAACUUCCACCGGUUCCACGACUGGGUCACGGAGAUGCUCCACCGGACGCCGUCGGCGUCCGUCCAAGUCAACUCCUUACUCAACAUCUCCACCGGCGUCUGCACUUCGAACCCAGACAACAUCCAGCACAUGCUGACUUCCCCAAACGUCUCCAGCUACAUCAAGGGCUCCCGCUUCCACACCGUCCUCCACGACCUCCUCGGCGACGGCAUCUUCAACGCCGACGGCCAGAUCUGGGCCGUCCAGCGCAAAAUCGCCAGCCACGAGUUCUCCACCAGGUCGCUAAAACUGUUCGUGUCGGAAGUGGUGGACUCGGAGAUCUCCGGAAACUUGCUUCCCUUUCUGUCCGAAGCAGAGGAGGAAAACAGGGGUUUCGAUCUUCAGCAGGUUUUGAAUAAAUUCGCUUUCAGAAGCAUUUGCAGAGUUGGGUUCGGUGUGGAUCCUGAAUUGUUUGUCCAGGAUCUCGAUUUCAUGAACGCAUUUGACUACGCCGUGGAGACUUGCUUCUCGAGGUUCACCUCCCCUGUUCCUCUGUUUUGGAAGAUGAAGAGGUUUCUCAAUCUCGGGUCGGAGAGGCGGUUCAAAGAGUCGGUCAACACGAUCAACGAUUUCGCUCGUCGAGUCAUUGAAUCAAAAGAAAUCGAAAUCCAGAACCAUCAAGAUCUGCUGGCGAGAUUCAUGGUUUGGAGCUCGUCAAUGGAGUUCGAAGGCGAAAAACAGAGGCACAAAUUUCUCAGAGACAUAGUAAUCAGUUUCGUCCUCGCCGGGAAGGACACCACUUCCACUGCCCUCACAUGGUUCUUCUGGCUAAUCGCCGGGAACCCACGUGUCUCAGACCUGAUCCACCGCGAACUGUCAACGGCCCUCGCGUCGCCGGAGCUCGGAAAGAGGAAAAAAUUCGAGUACGAAGAAUUGAAGGGGCUGGAUUACCUGCACGCGGCUCUAUCGGAAUCGAUGCGGCUGUUCCCGCCGGUGGCUCAAAAUACGAGGCUAGUGGUAAACGACGACGUGUGGCCGGACGGGACCGAGGUGAGGAAAGGGUGGUUCGCCGAUUACUCUGCCUACGCGGUUGGUCGGUCGGAGAAAGUGUGGGGGCCGGAUUGCCGGGAGUUCAAGCCGGAGAGGUGGUUGGAUUGCGACGGACGGUACGAGUCCGUGGAUCAGUUCAGGUACCCUGUUUUCCACUGCGGGCCGAGGAUGUGUUUGGGGAAGGAGAUGGCUUUUGUGCAGAUGAAAGCGAUUGCGGCGGCGGUGAUGACGGAGUUUGAAGUUGUGGCCGCCGAUGGAGGUGCUAAUAGCCCGGAGAGGAUGGUGGAUCCGCCUUACAGCUUAUCGCUGCUUCUCAGGAUGAGAGGUGGGUUGCCGGUGACUGUCAAGAGAAGAAUGGAUAACUAA